GACAAGCAUUUGUAACACAUGUUCCUUGUUGCGAAUUUGACAGGUGCUGGGAGGGGGGAGCAUUUUGUCGAAAAGAAUUGCCAUUUUCCUGAUUAAAUACGGUUUUUUCCUCUCUCUCAAACAGUACACAUACAACCGAAGAUUUCUGUUUUGAUGGUUUCGUCCUUCAUAAAAAUAAAUAAAAUGUCGUUUGUGAUAAAAACAUUUACAUAACGGGAAAGAGCUAUCGAAAGAGAAGACCAGACGACCUAUCCCCAAAAACUCAUCUCCUCCUUAUUAACCGUCAUAAACAAGUACAAAAUAUGUCGUAUUUAGUGGAGCCCAUGCAAUUAGAUUUUUUGAACAACAAGGAUAGGCAAAACGUAUUUCGCUUCAACGACCAUUCUGAUGAUACGUUCCAAUUCAAGUAUGUGUCGACAACGCAGUUUAAGCAUAUAAUAAAAGAUGUUAAAAAAACAAGAGUGCGGAGGAGGGAAGAUGAUUUGUGGGCAUCUAUGGUCACUCAACAACAUUCCAGUACGCCGGCGUACAACAUUGGGAACUUUGGGAUUCCGGGUGUUUCGGACGUUAAACGAUUUUUGAGGAACAAUAGCGAAGAGAUUGAUCAAGAAUUGAGAAGAUUGGAGGAAGAUGCAUUGCCGGAAAGAACAAAUAGAGAUUCUAAACGUCAUUCUGUCAACGAAAUACUAAUUCAGGAACCAAAGAAGACAGAAGAUAUAUUGAGAGAUGGAAGAACCAGAAAAAUUUUUGGCUCGCAAAUCCCGGAUGAGGAUGAGGAGAACGACAGUGGUUCAACGUUGGAAAGAUCGCCAGUGUCGAGGUUGGAAUAUAGUGUGAGAUCGAAGAAAUCACAGUCAGAAGGCACAUUGAGAGCGAGAAGUGAUUCAGGGGAUGAAUUCUGUAUUUUGACGAAACGCACGAACGGGAAUUAUCGCAAGGACCGAAAUCGUGAUUUCGAGAGCGAAAGAGAGAAGAAAAAUUACGAGCUCCGAAUUCAUCCAACGAUAGCGCAUAAAAUAUUGGCUGUGCAGAAAAAAAUAUCAAAUUUGUUAGAUGAAAUUGAUUUUCGUUUGAAAAAUAUUCCACUUCCGGACGGUGAUCGUGAUUUGAGUCGACGACAGCAGCGAGUCCAGGAAUUUGCAAUUAGGUUUUCACGUAAUUAUCUCUACGAUCUCGGCCGACAGAUCGACGAUAUUAAUCGACAUUUGAGAGCCGUCUCACCCGAAGCACGAUUUAAACCUUCUCGGCACGGAUGUUCGUUGCAUCUUCAAGCCAUCGAACUUAAAUUAAUUUCUGCUCAUCAACUCCUCCUUCAAGCAUUAACUGCUUAUUGCAAACACAUUCCUACCUCCGUCAUCAAAGGACAACCUGGCAAAAUCAAAGAAAUUCUUCAAAUCGUUAUUCAGCUCAACUUUAUCUGCCAAAAAAUUAAUCUGACCAGAGAUUUCUUCGAACGCGGUGAUAUUGGACCUCCACCUUUGGGAAACGACACUGAAAAUCGUUGUGCAACGAUUCUCUCGAAGUUGCGACUGAGUUCGGAUAACGAGUCUCAAAUUUUUAAUCGAACGGUCCAAUCGACGCCGGUCGAAAGAUUUCGUAACAAGUCGAGAGAGAAAACCGAUAAUUGCAAAGAUUUGGAGGCGCGUUUGAGCAUGUACAAGUCGAACGGGAGAUUGGAAAAAGGAAAAAACGUUCGUCAUCGGAAACAGGUUAGGAGUUGCACGAGAGACAAGAGGCUCUCGGAGAUCGAUACAACUCCUCAGCGAUAUCACCUAACAACACCGGAACAAGCAAUUUCCAGUCCGACGAAUAAUCGGAUUUCAGAAGAAAUUCCUAGAGACAUUCUUAAAUGUACAAGGCCAAAAAUUCGGUUACCUCUUAAAGAAGAUGAAAUUAGCACGAUGAUGUCGAUUUUACCAACCGAUUCGGAGGCUGGAAGCAGCGUCGCGAUAUCGAGAAAUUCUCCAUCUACCAGAUCGACUCAUAAAGGAUUUUCGAUGCUGAAGGAGUAUCCGCCACAAGUUUCAGCGCUAAAAGACCGAAGAGAGUCAAGUGGGGCGGUUAAUGAAAUCGUAGGAAGUAAUAAUGAACUAGAAAAAAAAUCGGAACCGAUGUCGGCUGAGCAAUUGUCUACUUUGGUGCCGGUUAUCGCGGAUCUCAUGAAUCUUGUCAGAAAUCAGAAUCAAAAUGUUGAAAUUCGUCCAGCUUCGUCGGAUUCGAUGCAAAUACUAACAGAGUUUUUGAAACACUAUCGUUCUUCGCAAAACUCGGAAAUUCCAUCGAAAGACGUUGCAACGAAGUCACCGGCGAGUUUCUCGACGACUCGAGAUACGCCUGAAAUGUCGCGGAAUUUACAGAACUCGACGAGAAAAGCGAACGUACAAUUAAUUUGUUUACCGCUGCAAGAAGAGAAAAGCUCUGAACCGGAAAAGCGGAAUUUACGCGACGAAAAUGAUCGAGUUUUGAAAGUCGACGAAUCCUCGCUUUUAAGCCUCUCGAAAUAUAGAGAAGCUUAUCGAGAUUGGUCACAGACGAAUCCAAUGUACACGAACAAAAGUCAAAACAAACCGUGGGACGUUGUCUCUUGGAUAGCUGACAAAUUGGUCGACGAAUUGAUAGUCGACGUAUCGAAGGAAUUCGAAAUGUGCGACGUUAUACAGAAGCUAUUCGAGUUGGAAUUCAAAGAAUUUUGAGGAACGUUUUGGAAAACUACGAUUUUUUUACAGUUCACGUUUUAUCCUAGGACUUGUGUGUCACGUUCACUCAUUUUCUUUCUUAUUAUUUUCUACCAAAGAUUGUCCAUACCUGUGACGAUAGCGUACAAAUUUCUGAAAGCUUUACAUAUUACGAAUUAAUUUACACUGCAAAUAAAAAGACUGAACAUUUCUUCACCA